CACACUCUCCCAAAACCAACAUCAACACAGGUCAACAAAAGUUUCUUUACCACACACCAAAGAAAUGGCUGCCCUUAAGAUUGUCAAGAAGCACACCAAGCCUUUCAGACGCCACCAGUCUGAUCGCUUCCACCGUGUUGGUGAGUCAUGGAGAAAGCCCAGAGGUAUUGACAACUGUGUCCGUCGCCGUUUCAAGGGUGUUAUUCGCAUGCCCAAGAUUGGUUACGGUAACAACAAGAAGACCAGAUACUGUAUGCCCAAUGGAUUGAAGGCUUUCCUUGUUCGCAACGUCGCUGACGUCGAACUUUUAUUGAUGCACAACAAGACAUACGCUGCCGAGAUCGCUUCUAAUGUCUCUGCUCGCAAGCGCGUUGAAAUUGUCGAAAAGGCCCGUGCUCUUGGUGUUAAGGUCACUAAUGCUGGUGCCAAGGUUCGCUCUCAGGAGUAAAUAGAUUCGAUCCUAGUGCAGUGAAUGAAAAAAGUACUUGGUAUUGGAUUUUCUAUAUGCUAGACUCGGUAAGGUGAUCAUGGGCAGCAUACUUAUAUGAAGCAGUUGUUGAAGGAAUUUGUCAAAUGCUGUUUUUAUGAAAUCCCGUAUGAUUGUAAAUCUGAAACCUGAAAGGCAGUUUGCUUCCAAAAUUUGUGUUUCUUAAUUCUCAG